GGGGUUGUGGAGCCCAUGCAGAUAGAUGCUGACCCACAGGAGGACCAGCAGAAUGCACCAGAUGUCAACUAUGUGGUGGAAAACCCCACGCUGGUAUGAAUCUAUCCAGGGUUUCCCCCUACUAACAUUGUAAAGGCCCACUUAUUUCAUGUAGACUGGACUCCAAUACCAUACAAAUGACACGUUUCUACUGAGAUCAAAUGAAUCUAUACAAUGGGUAUGUAGACUAUUGAGUGAAAAAUCUACCUUUUUAGGCAUUUGUCUCACUGAGGUGUGUGUGUCUCGGUCUUUCUCUCUCUGUAGGACCUGGAGCAGUAUGCGUCCAGCUACAGUGGACUGAUGCGCAUUGAGAGGCUGCAGUUCAUAGCAGAGCACUGUCCCCAGCUCCGGGCCGAAGCCUUGAAGAUGGCCCUGUCCUUCGUCCACAGGACCUUCAACGUUGACGUGUACGAGGAGAUCCACCGCAAACUCACAGAGGCCACCAGGUACGUGUAGCUGGAGGACAACCCUAGCUUAGCCUGUUGUUGUUGUAGCUGGAGGACAACCCUAGCUUAGCCUGUUGUUGUUGUUGUAGCUAGAGGACAAACCUAGCUUAGCCUGUUGUUGGUGUAGCUGGAGGACGACCCUAGCUUAGCCUGUUGUUGGUGUAGCUGGAGGACAACCCUACCUUAGCCUGUUGUUGGUGUAGCUGGAGGACAACCUUAGCUUAGCCUGUUGUUGGUGUAGCUGGAGGACAACCUUAGCUUAGCCUGUUGUUGGUGUAGCUGGAGGACAACCCUAGCUUAGCCUGUUGUUGGUGUAGCUGGAGGACAACCUUAGCUUAGCCUGUUGUUGGUGUAGCUGGAGGACAACCCUAGCUUAGCCUGUUGUUGGUGUAGCUGGAGGACAACCCUAGCUUAGCCUGUUGUUGGUGUAGCUGGAGGACAACCCUAGCUUAGCCUGUUGUUGGUGUAGCUGGAGGACAACCCUAGCUUAGCCUGUUGUUGGUGUAGCUGGAGGACAACCUUAGCUUAGCCUGUUGUUGGUGUAGCUGGAGGACAACCUUAGCUUAGCCUGUUGUUGCUGUAGCUGGAGGACAACCCUAGCUUAGCCUGUUGUUGGUGUAGCUGGAGGACAACCUUAGCUUAGCCUGUUGUUGGUGUAGCUGGAGGACAACCUUAGCUUAGCCUGUUGUUGCUGUAGCUGGAGGACAACCCUAGCUUAGCCUGUUGUUGGUGUAGCUGGAGGACAACCCUAGCUUAGCCUGUUGUUGGUGUAGCUGGAGGACAACCCUAGCUUAGCCUGUUGUUGGUGUAGCUGGAGGACAACCCUAGCUUAGCCUGUUGUUGGAAAGUGUAUUUUGUUAUUUUCUUUUAGUGUUUGAUUCAUUUGAGGUGUGUUCAGAGAGGUCCAGGUGGCUCCAGAUGCUGUUGUGGAGGGCGGGGCAGUGGACCCCCCUCCUCUGGACACAGCGUGGGCCGAGUCGACCAGGAAAAAGGCUCUGCUCAAACUGGAGAAACUGGACACUGACCUGAAGAACUACAAAGGCAACUCCAUCAAAGAGAGCAUCAGGUGGGUGGGAGAAGCUAUGGUUGUUUGCAAGUAGAUAAUAAACCUGGCUUUAUAUUUAGAUUUGAAUAAUCCUCACCGCCGAGAGGAUCGGCCUGAGUUAGGCGCUGGAUUGAUUUGUAAAUCUAAUCCUCACCUCCGAGAGGAUCGGCCUGAGUAAGGUGCUGGAUUGAUUUGUAAAUCUUGAUCACUUAGAAGUAAUCACUGAGUAGUUGACUAGUAGUAGUAGUUUUUAAUGUAAGGUCAUUUGCAAUGAAAAGUUGUAAAGUAAAUUUGUAGAUCAGUCAUUCUGCGUAGUGUUUUGUUCAGGCCAAAGGGGGAGAAACAUACAUUUUCCUUUCCUGCCUUCUCUUCCUACAUUUGACAUUUUAGUCAUUUAGCAGAUGCUCUAAUCCAGAGCGAUUUACUGGAGCAAUUAGGGUUAAGUACCUUGCUCAAGUGCACAUUGACAGAUUUUUCACCUAGUCGGUUACUGGCCCAGCCCUCUUAAGCGCUAAGCUACCUGCUGCCCCUCUGGUUCUGACCCGAACCCUCUUAAUACUAUUUAUUUUCACUUCAGGCGGGGUCAUGAUGAUCUUGGGGACCACUACUUGGACUGCGGUGACCUCAGCAACGCCCUCAAGUGCUACUCCCGAGCCCGAGACUACUGCACUAGCGCCAAGCAUGUAAUAAACAUGUGUCUUAAUGUCAUCAAGGUAUGUCAUCAUUAUAGUUAGUGGUCAAUGUUCUGAUGUAUUAUUCUUUGUCCAGAGGGCAGAAGGGAGAUAUUCCUCUCUCGUUCUCUCCCUCACUCGCUCAAACUCUCGCUUUCUCUGUGAUCUGAUUAACUCCAGUGACUAACACUAGAGGGCAGUCUUGAUAUUUGUGUCCUAUAGGGUUUCUUCCUGAAGUGAGUGUGUUUUCAUCCAUCAGGUUAGUGUCUACCUCCAGAACUGGUCCCACGUCCUUAGUUAUGUGAGCAAAGCCGAAUCCACUCCAGAGAUAGCAGAGGUAAGUCAUGGGUUCCUCUGAGAGAGAGAACUUUAAGUCUUCUACUGUCUUCUAAAAGACAACCCCAGAAGUGUUCUUCUUUACUGGGGGAAUAUCUUCUUCUUUACUGAGGGAAUAUCCUUGUUAUUUCUGUUUCAGCAACGAGGGGAGAGAGAUUGCCAGAGUCAGUCAGUCCUCACCAAAUUAAAAUGUGCUGCAGGUAAUUCACUCUGUCUUUGUUGUGCUACAAAGAGAUGUACAGAUCACAUUUUCCAGUGUUAAAUCAACAAUGAGGGCUCAAUUUUCAAAUGCACGCUCUUUGGCAAUUUUGACUUGUAAAAGCCAGCAGUCUGCUACUUUCCAACUCUGGCGCCAGGGUUGGUAAGUCACCAGUCAUAUCAGCUCGCUUGCACUGAGGUUGGAGGGGUGGAGAUAUUUGAGGUGUUUCUUUAAAUGUGCGCCAAUGUGCACAUUUCAAGCAGCGCUACUGGUAAAAUGUAAGACUCACCAAAAGCUGGUCUUAGCUGUAACGCAAUUGGUUAUGGCAUCGAUUUUGCCUGCGGAGGUGCACGGUAGCCUAGUCUUCCACUUUCAUCUGUUGCACCUAAACUGUCAAAUCGCAGUAAUUCCGAUCACUGUCAUUGGUGCUGAAUCCACUUGUAGCCAUGGCUAUUAGCCUGUUCGUUUGUUUACCUUUCACGUGGCAAAGUCAAUAACAGGCCAUAUCAACGGCUAUCGUAGGCUAAUCUUAUUAUAACAUUUGGGCAAUGUCCAAUUGUCCAUGGCUCGAACAUGCAGUGCAUUUUCAAAAUGCGAAUGCAAUGUGUGUAAACAAAUAUUUCCAUGUUGAAGCCAGUUGGCUACAUGUUUGUUAUAACUAGGUCUAUUGUAGGGUUAGUGAAUACUAUUUAACAAACUAUUUUCAAUGGAUAGGACAAACAACCAUGCCUCCUGCCAUAGAGCCCUUUUGCCUACGUGUGCACACAGUGCCUUAUGCUCAUGGAAUGAGAGAUGUGAUUUAUGAUAUCAUGCUUCUGACCCAAUCCUAUUUAGAAAUAUUGUUGUUGGUUUAAAAGACAGAUUGAGUGUUUUUGUUUAAUUUGAUGAAUUUAUUAGAAAGAUUUACCAUCCAUGGGUUUAUGGUGAGAACGUACAUGGCUCGAAUGCAAUGCUAUUUUUGGAGAAGUGCAAAUAAGAUCUCCAAGAUGGUUCCAUGAUGUUUAUAAAACAUUACAUUUAUAGCAGUAUAACGGUGAGUGGACAUACCCCCUUUCUCUUUAUAUUGGAUCUUAUUUAACGAACUAGGCUAUAACGGACUAACAUUCGAAUUGGAGUUGAUGACAACUCGAUACAUAAGACUGUAAAUGUAGCAACCAAAUAUUUAGCCAUGGUGCACAUUCUGAUUGGCCACUGAGGCCAAAACUAUUUCUGAAAGUGUGGACCCAUAUAGACAGAGGGACAGUGUUAAAUUAACACACUGCUUAGUGUAAAGCCUUAUUUGCAUAUUCCCCAGAGUGCCUUGCCUUUCGAGUGAAUUGUAGAGUUACCACCCAUUACCGUUUUUGUUAGUGACCUAGACAUGGUUGUUGCAUUCAUACAUUUUCAGUCCUGUGGACUUCACCAAGUCCGAUUCUAAGCGAAUAUGUCAACAUUAAAAUUAAAUUAUUUAAAGGCCCAAUGCAGCCAUUUUUAUAUCAAAUAAUUUCUGGGUAACAAUUAUGUACCUUACUGUAAUAGUUCUCCAUUAAAAUGGACAAAAAUAGCUUGUUAGCACAAAAACUAUUUCUCAAGCAAGAAUCUUGCUGGGACUGUCUGGGAGUGGUCUGAGGUGGGGAUGGGAAAACUUAACUAGCUGUUAUUGGGAGAGAGGUUUGGACCUCUUCUAUAGUUUAAUUUUAAUUUUUUAUUACAUUUCAAAUUACAAUACAAUAGCAAAUAAAAAUAGGACAUCACUACAAGUAUAUCUUUUUUCUUAAGAAACAUACAAUAACAUUAAAGUAAAACAAAUAAAUAAAAAUCACAGUACCUCAAAUAAAAUAAAUUGAAUAAGGUCAGGGGGUUAUAGUGGUAUAAACCAAUUAUAGAGUUGGAAGAAUACGUAGUUAUGUUUUGUUAUUGACUCAUUCUAGAGAUUUUACUAAAUAUUUUAUUUCAAGUAAACAUAUAUUACAUUUCGGGACAGAUUUCAAAUGUUUGUUUUUUGUGUAUGUAAAAUUUACCAGAGAGAGUGAAGAAAAUAACGACUAAUUCAGUAGCUUUAUUUUCAUUUGAAUAAUAACAUAUUACAUCUUCCAUUUAUUAAUCAAUUUACCGCCUGGUGAUGUCACCAUGCAAGCCGAAACUCCUGCCCAUGCAAACAGGCUGAUUAGAAGGUUCUUUGUAAAUUGUAUUUUCAACCAGCAACUAUCAGUAAAUAACACUGAUCUAAUCUUUCAACACUUUUAAAGUGUUAGUUUCACUAGCUGUGCUACUAUAGGAUAAAAAAGACAGGAAAAACUGAAUUUUGACUGCACUGGGCCUUUAACACAAUAGAAUACUUAUUUCAUAAGGCCUUACUUUUAGGGCCUGAAACUUGUGUCUUACAGGCCACUGCAUGCCUGCAAGUCACAUAAUGCUGGUUUGCAAAUUGAUGUGUAAUUCCUAUUGGAAUCCAGCCAGAGUGGGGAUAUUCAAACUUUGGCAUUUUUUAUCAGCCGCAACCUGCAUUCACAACGACUGCCAGGGUUGGGAAGAGUAAGAUAUGAGACUACCUAAAGUAUCUAAACUGGAACAACCAUUUCUGUAAUGGAUGCAAAUAAUCCAAGUAAUAUAUUGGAUUAGUUUAGAAAAUGUAUGUCCUUAUAUUUGAAUAGCAUAAGAUUAAUUAAUCAAUCAAUGUGCAAAAACAUAGAUUUUGAAACAAACAAUUCUAAAAAUAUACCUGCAAUAGAGCAUGCUGGGAAAUAUGACAAUGAUGGGUGUUCUUUUACACCAAUGAGUAUUAAUUUAACACACUGAAAAAUCAACACUAGGUAACAAUGGCCAAUUUACUGUGUACUAAGUGUUUUCACCUGUUGUUCUCUAGAAAGUAUAAAACCACACUAACAACAGAUGCCAACCUUCAACAAACACACUAACAACAGAUGCCAACCUUCAACAAACACACUAACAACAGAUGCCAACCUUCAACAAACACACUAACAACAGAUGCCAACCUUCAACAAACACACUAACAACAGAUGCCAACCUUCAAAGGGUGCAGACGCUCAUGCUAAUGAUUUAGUUUUAAACUGACUAAUCCAUUGUGCUUUUAGUGGGUUUUCUCCCCACACACUCUAACAGGUUAAUUAGACCUCUCCUUCUUUCUCAUUGUUCCUCCUCCUCCCCAUCUGUCUGUCUGUCUGUCCCCCAGGCCUUGCUGAGCUGGCCUCCAGAAAGUACAAACAAGCAGCCAAGUGCUUCCUGCUGGCCUCCUUCGACCACUGUGACUUUGCUGAGGUUAGUCUGCCUGUCUGUGACUUCACUGAGGUCUGUCUGCUUGCCGGUCUGCUUGCCUGUCUGCCUGUCUGCUUGUCUGCUUGCCUGUCUGCUUGUCUUUCUGUCUGUGUAGUACCUUAAAGGUGAAGUCUGUGACUUCCCUGAGUUGUCUCAGUCUGCCUUUUUAAAGGUGAACUCUGUACUUUCGCUGUCCCCUGUGGCCGGAGAAAGGAAGAACAUACAUAGAAAACAAAAUGUUGCUGUUGAUGAAUGGGGAGAGUUUUCCAUAAUGUGUUGUUGUUUAUCAACAAUUGCUACUAGACAAAUGCUAAUGAUUGUUUCUGUUGAUGUGCCAACCUCCUGUACUGCAUGGCGGUAUUGAUUGUGUGUCCAGCUCCUGUCCCCCAGUAAUGUAGCGGUGUACGGUGGGAUGUGUGCCCUCGCCACCUUCGACAGACAGGAGCUGCAGAACAACGUAAUCUCAAGC